AUGGACUCGAUGCGCAGCCUCAACAAGUCCCUGCCGAAGACGAGACGGAAGCCCGACGUCCACCAAUCUUUCAGGACAGCUGCCCUGAAUGUCACGAACCUAUACAAGUCCGCCCUUGCCGAUCUCGAUAGGGCCCGAUCCGACGGCUACCAAGACGCCCUGGACGAGCUCCUCGCCUUUUUGGACCGGGAGAACGUAGGGAAUGGUGGUGGAGAGGGGAUGCGGAUCCGGCAAUGGGCAGCAGAGCGGUUAGAAGGAGCCUUGCCAAAGCAGACAGGCAGCGACAGCGAUGAGGACGAAUUAGACGACAAGCGCGCGCGAAGCUCCUCACCCAUCAUGGAGCACAGUAUCGUCCCGGAUUAUUCCUGUACAUCUGACAACAUCACGGAAGCAUCGCACCGAUCCGACUCGGCACCACCUCCUGUUCAGAUGGAUGGGACCCCGGCCGAAGGAGACAUGUCAUCACCCAACCACGUGUUCCAGUUCUCUGCGUCGCAAGCAUACCCGCCGAACAACUCGAACGACACCACAGUGAGCGACUUCACAGCCGCCGCUCGCCGUGCCUUCCCCAGCACCCGCCGCUCCUCGAACCGACCAUCACAGCGAAACCUGCAACGAUCUGCGGCCCAGAAUUUGCUGCAACUCGGAAAUGGCGCAGGCCAGAAGCGAAGAAUCAUGAAUGACUUUUUCAACGUCGACGGUUUCAACGACCGACGGGACGGCUCUUCGGGCGGACCCAAGCGUGGCCGGAUGACGUGA